CACCACACAUUAACUAUCAAUUGUUCACUAUCCAUUCAACAAACUCAGGCAGAGCAAAGAUACUUUUUUCCAAAAAGUUUUUCCAGCCAUUAAUUAUUUUCUGCCCGUGCCACCUGAAUUAACGUUCCGGGUGGUGUGAAGAAGUCGUCUUUGCAGCAUGAGCGGCAUGUAUCAGGAGAUUAUGGCUUUUGUCUUAACUACGUCGGGCUGGAUACUGGAGUCUUCCACCGUGUCGAUGGACUUCUGGAAGGUCUCCUCAAACGAUGGAUCUGUCAUUACCACAUCUACUUUCUGGGCCAAUCUCUGGAAGCACUGUGUGACUGAUUCGACAGGGAUCUCCAACUGCAGAGAUUUUCCAUCAAUGUUGGCUCUGGAUGGUUACAUCCAGGCUUGCAGGGGAUUGAUGAUUGCAGCCAUCUGCUUGGGUUUGUUCGGUUCUGUGCUUGCCCUGGUAGGAAUGAAAUGCACCAAAAUUGGAGGAAGUGACCAGAAUAAAGCCAGGAUCGCCUGCUUUGCUGGUGUAGACUUUAUUCUUUGUGGCAUCUGCUCACUUUCUGCCUGUUCUCUCUAUGCACACCGGAUAACAACUGAGUUUUUUGACCCAAUGUUUAUGUCUCAGAAGUAUGAGCUGGGAGCUGCUCUCUUCAUCGGCUGGGCCGGUGGUAUCCUCUGCAUUCUGGGGGGCAGUGUCUUCUGCUUCUCAGUUGCAGAUUCUUUUUCAAGAAGCCACAGUCAGGCAAACUAUAUCUACAGAGGUGCCGCCUCACAUUCGCACAUCAGCGCUUACACCAGAGGGCAGACAAAGCCUGUAAAGGAAGGGCAUGCUGCAGAUAACAGCAGCUCCUCCAGGGUGCAGCACUUUGAUAAAAAUGCAUAUGUGUAAGCGAGUUGAAUCCAAAUCUUUUAAACCUAAAGUCCUUGGUGGACUUUUAGGAGUUUUAUCUUCAGCAUGUGAGAUGUGACAGCAGCAGCGGUGGGCUCAGUCUAAUGGCAGCUGAAGUCACUGAAACAGAUUUGUGGCUCACCUGGAUUUCAGUUUUAAAUUUUUAUUUAUUUUUUUUUUAAUUUUCUUCAAGGCAAUGUACUUUAAAUGUUUUCUGACAUGGUUUACUCAACGUUUU